ACUUCGGUAGACCGAACAACUUCAACCACCAUUUUCGUCGUUAUCACGUUGCCGGCCCCCUGUUGGCGGAUCCUUCGUUCGUGGAGCCGUCUGCCUUAGCCGGCUCUCUCUAUUUUCCACGUUCUUGGAGUCAUUCGACAGAUUAAAAGUUACAUAUCAACAAUGGUUGAAUCGAGUGCUAUUUUAGCCAGCGGCUUUAUUUUCAUGGCGAUGAUGGCUAAUUUUUCCAUACACAAAGUCGAAGAGGGCCAUGUAGCUGUUUAUUACCGAGGAGGAGCGCUGCUCUCACAGACGAGUACUGCUGGAUUUCAUAUGAUGAUCCCAUUAAUCACAUCUUACAGAACAGUUCAGGUUACUCUGCAGACAGAUGAAGUUAAAAAUGUACCCUGCGGGACGAGUGGAGGUGUAAUGAUUUAUUUUGAUAGGAUUGAGGUGGUUAAUAUUCUUCAGGUGUCCAGUGGUUUAAUUUCAGUUUAUGACAUAGUCAAGAACUAUACAGCGGACUACGAUAAAACUUUGAUUUUUAAUAAGGUACACCAUGAACUGAAUCAAUUCUGCAGUGUUCACAACUUACACGAGGUUUAUAUUGAUCUGUUUGACCAAAUAGAUGAAAAUCUGAAAAAUGCGCUACAGAGGGAUCUGAACGAAAUGGCGCCGGGUCUUAAAAUCCAGGCAGUUAGAGUGACCAAACCGAAGAUUCCUGAGACAAUCAGAAAAAAUUACGAACUCAUGGAGUAUGAAAAGACUAAAUUACUUAUUGCACAUGAGCACCAAAAGGUAGUAGAAAAAGAUGCAGAAACAGAAAGGAAAAAAGCUCUUAUAGAAGCUGAAAAAGUAUCGCAGGUUUCAAAAAUUCAAUACGAGCAAAAGAUAAUGGAAAAAGAAUCACUUCAAAAAAUGGCUGAAAUUGAAAAUACAAUUCAUCUUGCAAGGCAAAAAGCAAAUACAGAUGCUGAAUUUUACCAAAUAGAAAAAGAAGCAGAGGCGAAUGCUAAACUCUUAACCCCCCAGUACCUGGAGCUCAAGAAGACUGAAGCUAUCGGGAAAAAUGCCAAGAUGUACUUUGGGCAGAGCAUUCCGAAUUUUUUCUGGCCCGAUUCAAAACAAGAGGCUACCACGAAUUUACCCAAAACACCCGCUAAGAACAAACUUAAUGAGUAGAGUUUUAAUCCAUUCUAAAAAAUUUUCCUCGUCAGAAUUGAUUAAAACAGUGCACUAAUUUUGAUAAGAGUGUGACAAAUGACGAUAAAGUCGAAGGACUUAUAAUUUGUAAAUAUUAUUUGAUAAUGAUUUUUUUACUUUUAAGCUAAUUUGUCUCUAGUCUGAAUCACGCAGUUCGGAGUGAAACUACAAUAUUUUGCUGGUUUGGAAUUCUUGGCAGCAAAGCAACAGUACUGUAGUGAAACACUUUGUUAUUCUUGUCUUUAUAAUAAUGUAUCAAAGAGUAAAUAAAAAUUUAAUAUUAUUCUCAA